AAGAAUGCUUUUUAUAUGUAGUAUUUUUGAGAUAUUCAUAACAAAUGUUAUUAAAUCUGACGAUUAAUUUGAGAUAUUUUUAGCUUCCGUUUAUGUUUUAAUUCAACCAAACCACAUCAAUAUGCGAUCCACUGAAAAUUUUACUUUAUAAUUAAUAAAAUUAUUAUUAGCGUGUACUAAAAGAUUUGCUUCGACUAAGAAAUUGCGAUUUCUCUUAUUUAUUAUAAUGAUAUAUUUAUAAUUAUAAUAACCAAAUAAUAAAUCAGUAUAUUUAUUCGAAAUUGUAUUGUAUAAGUUAAGCAAAUCUUCAAUUAGAAGAAUAAAUUUAAACAUCGAUAUAAAUUUACGAAAACAAAUUUUCAAUUAAUUUUUUUUUCUAGCACACAUAUUACCAAAGUGUAAUAUCAAACUACUUGAAAUUGAUCAACUAUCACGAAGCAUACGCCAUUUGCUACAUACCAAAAGAAUUAAAUUACACGUCGGAGUGAAAUAUAAAGAUGGUGAAAACUCUAGUAGAGGAUGGUACGUGGUAGACAUAAAAAUGAACAAGGACAAAAGGAUAAAGGACGAGAAGGAAGCUGCAUUGAAACCAAGACAAAUAUAUAUCGAUGGUGAAGCGAUGCGACAACAAAAUCGCGCGGCGUCGUGUGCAGGCUGAACAGACUGAGAAGCUAUCUUAAUUAGCAGAAGAAUUGUCACGUGCCCAAAUAGCUGUUGAAGCAAAACAAGAAGAAAUUAAAAUGGCGCACAGGCUAGCUGCCGAAUUAUCGCGGCGUGAAAGCGAAGAAGUAAAACGCACACUAAGAUCUGAUCGAAUAAAAUCCUCUGUUCGCUCGCAACCGAGUUGUGCUGUAAACGAAGCCCGAUCGCGUCUGAUAGAGGAAAAGGUGCGUCUAGAAGCGAAUCAAGCAGAGUUGUUGAGGCUCUGGCAUGAAGAUGAAAGCAUCGAGAAAUUGCAAAGAACCAAGAAUAAAAGAAAAAAGCAGAAUUUACGCGAUGAACUGCAGAAACAAUUGGUGGACAAUCAACGACGACGUCAACAGAACAGAAUUGAGGAGAAAGAGCAAGAUCGCAAGAUAAUGAAGCGAGCAAUACAAAAGAUACUGGAGGAAGAUGCAAAGAUAAGGAAAAGGAAAGAAAACGCGAAUCUUCUGAAAGCAGAGAUGGCCGCGUCUUUAGCGGCUAAAAACGCAUGGGAAAGAAAAUAUAAAAAAGCGUUAAAAGAUGAAAAUGAAAGGAUAGCUCGCGUAAUCGCAGAGAAGGAAGCUCGACAAAAAAAGCAACUCGAAAUUAAAGUAAAAUUGGAUUUGACCUAAAAAUAUAUUUUUCUUUAAUAUAUUAAAUAUAUUUAAGAUUUAACUAAUAAAUUUACGAGAUGAAAAACAGUAGUGUUUAUUUUUCAUGAUUUAGGUAGAAUUUCAAGCGAUGAAAAAAGCAGCGAUAGAAAAAGCAGCUAAAAAAUUGUUAGCCAAUGUAUAUAAAGAGAAAAAGAAGCAUGAAAUCUCUGACGAAUUGUAUUUCGGAAACCAAGGGAACAAAUGGAUAAAAGAAUCGGUCAGACCUGUAUUAAAGAAACAAUGUGAUAUUACUAAUAUGGUAAUGCCAAUUAUUAAAUUAUUCGGGUAUUUACCAUACGUCUGUAAAAUUAAGUUAAUUAUUACAUCGAAUCAAAUCUUUUCUCAAAAAGAAUAAAUAUUUUAAAAUAACUUUCUAAUCAUUUAUUGUUUGUAAUUAUCAUUAAAUUUUAAUUGCGCUUGUUUUUUUGUAUAAAUGCAGAAAUUACAUAACAAGAAUAGAAUCUCAUAAAAUUUCAUAAAUUUUUCUUACUAUUUAAAGGCGAGACAGAAAGCUGAACGUAAAGCAAGAGAUGAAGCGGUUGAUACCGCGUUUGCACGAUAUUUAGCCGAAGAACGAAAAAAAGAGCUCGAGAAACAAAGAGAAUACAAUAAUACACGACAUGCAAAAAGUAAACUCAAAUUAUAUUUCAAUAUUUGAGAUUUUGAAUUUUAAAAUAUAUAUCCAUAAUUAUAACAUUUUAGUUACAAUGUAUAUCAUUCGUAAUGUCAAAAUUCUGAAAAUGCUAGAUAUAAAAAUUAAACAAUCAUAUAAUUAUAUUGCAGAAAUUCAAUAUGGACAAGACUUAAAAGAAAUAAUAACAAAUAACAGAAUUAUUUACGCUAUGAAUAUUUUGGAAAGGCAGUCUGAAAUUUGCACUCACGAUAAAAAGACAAAUCAGUUGACUGCAACAAGUGCAAAACAAUUUAAUAACAGAAAUGAUAAUAAGAUUUAAAAAAAGAUAAUUGAUACUGGCAUCAGAGGCUGUGCUGAAUGAUAUAAAUUUAUAAUUGAUACACUUAACAUUAUGUAAUAGAAGGAAUGCUUGAAAAUUUACAAUAUAGGUAUGAAAUUUUUCUGGUAUAAAAUUCCAACAGAAAAAUGCAUAAUAUUAAUAUUACAAUAAAAACUAAUGUAUAUAUAAAUAACUAAAAAAUAAACAAUAAAAAUAAUUUACAAUUUAAUUAAAGUACCGUCGAAUAUGAUCUAAGUUAACGUAUUAACGUAGAUCUCAAAAUUCGCUCAAUAAAAAAAUUUCAUAUUCAAAAAGAUAAUAAAACAAUAUUAAUAAAGUUUGAAGCUUACAACCGCGCAAUAACGAGUUCAAAAACCGAGAAUUUCAAAAGUUCAUUUAACUUUUAAAAUUCACAUGAUAGUCAUUCCCUUUCACUUCUCUAUAAAUCAGGAUACGCAUAUUCUAUUAGAAGGUUCGAUUAAAUGCAAAUGUAUCUUUUCCCAAAUCCCCACUCUAUACAAAUGCGUGUUUGCUUUGCACGGUCGCAACUUCUUUAUUCGUUCACAUUUCAUCUAGUAUUUAUUGAUAUACAGGUAUGUACAACAUAUCUCCCCGGCGCGAGGGUCUCCCCACGAGAACUCCCUCCGUUAUAUUUGUACAAAGUCCGUGUAAAAAUACAGCAGCCCCAUUAUAUCUUAUAUCAAUUAUAAGUUUAUGUGGUACGCGGUAUAAGAGUUAAAAUAAUAACAGUCUCGCCUCUCGGACGUAUCAAAUAUUCCGAAUAGGUUCGGAUCGAGACCACUUGUGCCCUCGACUUUGUUCGGAUCCGAGUGUUGUGUAUGUGUGUAUGUGUGUUGUAUCAUUUGGCAUGCGGGGGGGACAUGUGCAAUCUCAUCACCCCUCGCCACUGCUAACUAUUAAAUGGAAUAAGAAGCACUCGAGCUUAACGGGAAUGACUACAGCAUUAACUGCAAGUAUCAAUUUGUUCGGUGGCUGGCAAUCGCCCACAAUCGACUCAAUCUUAUCAUCACUCGCGGAUCAAAAAUAGUGUUCAACUACGAACUACCAAACUACAAAUGCUUUCUCAAAUUAUAUGACGAGCACGCAUACGUACGAGAGAAAGAUUUCACGCACGGCAGCAUCAACCAUUUUUUUUUUGCUAAUGUAAAUAUAAACACGACAGUCUUGAAUCUCAUAAUAAUCAGCAAUAAUCAAAUUUCGAAGCUCAAGAAAGCUGCUAUCCUUUUACAAAAGUAGAUUAAUCUUGUCCUGUAAAAUAAACGGAGUUAGAAGGAAUCUAAUUUCCAUUGAAAACUUUAACUUCGUUAUUCUGCUGUCUUCUUAUUCACUUAGGAAAUUCAAAUAGAAAUCAGAAUUCCUUUUAACGCCAAUCUUUCCCUUUAAUGUACAUAUGUUUCGUAAACAAUUUUUUGAUUUUCUUAGUAAUUCUCU